AUGAGUGGAAUGAGUUGCCAAUCGUGUCCAAACCUGGUACUGUCACAGUGGGGACAAGAUGAAAUUUGGCAAACGAGUCAACCGUAUCCUGAAGAUCUCCAGAGCGCAAAUUACACUGGGAAAUCCUCCGCGAUCACUCAUGACGCUCGGAUAUGCAUUUUGUUAGUCGAGUCUUUGUUCCAUAUAUUCCUCUACACUGCUCAUGCCAACAGAUUCGCAAGCGCAAGCAAGAUUCGUACAUGCCAGCGAUGCCGUAAUGCAUUAACCCAAACAUUUCAGAUGCCCGAAAAAUGGUGGUCUAGUUCCUACAAAACGUCCAACGGGUAUUUUGGUUGUGAAACAACCCGUCAAAAAGGAGUUGUCACAGGCUUCAAUACAUGGGCGUAUUUUGAAAUAAAACAGACCCGAGGCAAUUUGAGUUACGAGUGGAUCAAGCUGAACAUCUUCACCCGAUGGGUUUGUUCCUCUAAUCAAACAUUUCUGCUUCUUUUCGACCCGACACUGUCCAUUCGGGAGUUAAUUACCCGGUCGCUAUCAAAGCCAGCCCUUUUUCAGUCUCAGUUGAGGAUUCCAUUCUGGCCAUAUUCACACGUGUUCGAGAUCGUAGCUCAUCUCGAAGAGUCCGCCGUUUGGGCCAUCCGGAACCAAGUGAGAGCGAUUGAAAACGAGACAGAUCCAGGUAUAGUGCAACAACCAGAUUACAGGAGACUGCAUGACAUUGCCCGCCACGCUAUACAUAUCAACGAGACUCUGGAUGUCUCGAUACAGAAUAUCGACACUAUCCUGAAGCACUACGUCCUCUAUAUGACAUCAAAACGGAAUGAGUCAUACUUCGGCGCAGACGAAGACAUCCACAAUCAGCUAGAAUUCUUCCGAGGCUACAUCACGAAUCUGCGCCACCGCUCAGGCUCCAACGAGAAACGGCUUCAGAACGAGAUCCAGCUAGCUUUCAAUACUGUCUCCCAGGCCAAUGCGAAAACCUCUGUGGAGAUUGGUCAUGCCGCGCAGAUCGAUAGUUCGGCCAUGAAGACGAUCUCCUUUGUCACGCUGGCUUUUCUCCCGCCUACAUUUAUCUCGUCUAUUUUCAGCAUGUCAUUCUUUCAGUGCGAUGAAAACAAUGGCUGGGGCAUGUCAAAGAAGUUUUGGCUUUAUUGGGUGUUCGCCGUUCCAACAACCAUUGCUACGAUUUUGAUUUGGCAGUACUGGCAUAAGUUCUCCACCAGUUUGCAUAAUCGCAGCCCAACGAUGGUUCCUAGAAUCAAAGAACAUGUAUAA